AUGGAAGAAUUUAGCGAAAAUGGGAAGGUUGAUUAUUCGAGUAUGCAGAGCGAGGAAGUAUGGACAGGAACGGGAUACAGUGUUGCUUCGUUCAUGAUAGCAAAGAAACUGCGAAAUUAUGGCUUCGAUACGGCUCGAGGAGUCUACGAGAUGUGCUGGAAUCGAGCAGGACUUCAGUACCAAACCCCCGAAGCAGUAUUCGAGAGGAAGCAUUACCGGGCCAUUGGUUACAUGCGACCGUUAGCCAUCUGGGCAAUGCACCAUGUCCUCGAGAUGAACGCUACACGAUGA